AACAUUAGCAUCGCUAUCCUCAGUUGUUUACGAAUAUUAUAAAAAAUGUCUUCAAAUAUCGAUCUAGCCAUCAGUUUCCAUUUAAGGAAAAUCCAAGAACUGAAGUCCAUCAAGUCUGAGGUUGAAAAUCUAGAGCGCAAUGCUUUAGGGUUCGUCUGUCGUCGGAACGACGGAAAGUACGAGGAUCUAAUUACGGGGGAUGAUGUGUUGGAUUGCCUAGAACGCGUGAAUAAGAAGAUUAAAAUGAAUGAAGAAAGGUUGCUUCAGCUAAAUAUUCACAAAAUGGAGUCGAGUUUGAGUGUUGUGUGCUCGUUUGACGAGGAUUAUCUUCCGGAAGAUUCCAUUGGGAAUAUGUCGCAUCUUAUGGAUCUUCGGUCGUGUAAGAACGAACCAGCAAGGAAUUGCACAUGCAUGCAUAAGUAUGGCAAUGCCACAGCACGAUCGUCACGCGGCUACCUUAGACACAGUUUUGAGGCAGAUGGGACUGCAGUACAAUUACCAUAUAGCAAACGCACUCCAGCUUGGCGUUUAAGCCCGCCUUCUAUUCCUCGGAAAUCCAAUAUGCCUACACGACCUGCAGAAGAGCAUCAAUUUAGGCCAGUUCCUCGUCGAGCGAGUUAUAGGGAUGGUAGACGCUUUGUCUCCCUGGAAAUGUGGAAUCGUCAAAAAACGGACUACUUCUACUAGAUUAGGGAUUUGAGAUAUCACAGUGGAUUG